AUGCAGCAAGCGAUGGAUCUACGACAGGAAGUGUUUAUCAACGAGCAAGGAAUCCGCAAAGCUGCAGAAAUGGAGGACCCACGCGACAAGCCAAGCACGAUCCACUUCCUUGGCAAACACUCCGAGACGGGCAAAUAUGUGGCGGUAGCUCGCUGUCUACUCGACGACAUCAACUGCAAGGCCAAAUUUGGUCGUGUGGCGGUGCUGGCUGAAUUUCGGGGAAAACGUUUUGGUGCGCAGCUAAUGUACGCCAUCGAGGCGCAUGUGCGUGACCGUGUCGACAUGUUUGCGCUGUCGUCACAAUACGAUCGAAAAGGGUUUUACGAAAAGUGUGGCUACAGCUGCAUGAGCAACGAGAUCUACCUGGAAGAAGGCAUCAAGCAUUGCUACAUGGUCAAGCUGGCCACAAAGAACUAG